CUGGUUGCUUGCGCUGAAAAAAUGACCCUGCCUCUCCGCCGUGUAGGAAUGGCCACCACUGGGAACCUUUCAGAAGAGCAGGUGCACUGCUCCAUCUGUCUGGACGUCUUCACCAACCCGGUCUCCAUCCCCUGCGGCCACAACUUUUGCCAGAGCUGCAUUCUGGGAUACUGGAAAACCAGCCCAUUGUACCAGUGUCCCAUGUGUAAGAAGACCUUCUACAAAAGGCCUGAUAUUUGCAUUAACACGGUCCUGAGGGAAAUCGCAGAGCAGUUCAAGGAGAUCAGGGUUAGGAGUGCGGAAGGGAAGUUAAGCGAGGAGGAGGGAGAGGAGAAAGAAAAGAGGUGGGUGAUGGAAAGGAGAAAAAAGGAGGACGAGGAGAGGCUUUUGGAGAAAGAUCAGAAGCAGCAGCUACUGGAGGAGCUGAAAGAGAAGCAGGAGGAGGAGAGGAAGAAGAAGGCGCCACAAGAGGAGUUACCACCUCUGAUCCCCCCUGUGGCAGCACCCAAAACCUCUCCUCCACCGUCACCUGAGGGGCCGCCUCCUCCUCUUCCUCAAACCUCACCUCCACCCUCGCCUCAAAUCCCCGCUCCUCAAACCUCACCUCUAUCCUCGCCUCAAAUCCCCGCUCCUCAAACCUCACCUCUACCCUCGCCUCAAAUCCCCGCUCCUCAAACCUCACCUUCACCCUCGCCUCAAAUCGCUGCUCCUCCAGCUCCUCGAACCUCACCUCCACCCCAGUCUCAAAUCGCUGCUCCCCCAGCUCCUCAAACCUCCUCUUCCCUCCCACCUCCAUCCUGGGAAGAGGUCCUCUGCGAUGUUUGCCUCGGGAAAGGCAGGCCCAAAGCGGUCAAAUCCUGCCUCGUGUGUCUGACUUCGUUCUGCGAGGAGCACCUGAAGUCUCAUUCCGCCAGGUUCACCAAGCACAAGCUCAUAGAGCCGGUUUCCAACAUGGAGGACAGGAUGUGUCCGAAGCACGAAAGGCUCCUGGAGCUGUUCUGUAAGAAGGAUCAGACGUGUGUGUGCGUGCUCUGUACGGAGACGGACCACCGGGCGCACUACACCGUACCUGUGGAGAGGGAAUGGAUAGAUAAAAAGGCUCAGCUAAAGAGGACAGAAAUGGACGUCCAGCAAAUGAUCCAAGAAAGAGUGGAAAAGUUGGAGGACAUCAAACACGCUGUGGAGCUGCACAAAGCCAGUGCGCAGAGAGAGAUCCAGGAAAGCAUGCAGGUCUUCUCAGAGCUGGUUCGCGCCAUCCAGAGGAAUCAGGCCGAGCUGGUUUUGUCCAUAGAGGAGAAGCAGAGGCAGGCGGAGAGGUGGGCCGAAGGCUUCAUGACUGAGCUGGAGCAGGAAAUCUCCGAGUUGAAGAGGAGGAAUACAGAGCUGGAGAACGUGGCUCGGACCGACCACAUUCACUUCUUAAAGAAUUUCCCAGCUCUGAGCACUCCUCCUUCAGUCAAAGACUGGUCUGAGACCAGUGUUCCCACUGACACGUGUGUGGGCAUGAUCAGGAGAUCUGUGUCCAAACGAGCAACAUUAAAUGAAAUGAUCAACAAACUGGCUGAGAGUGAGAUUAAAAAGAUUUUAAAAUACACAGUGGACGUCACCCUGGACCCCGACUCAGCCAACCCGUGGCUGCAGCUCUCUCAGGACAGACAUCAGGUGAGACACCUGGGUGCAUGGCAGGACCUCCCAGACCACCCCGACCGCUUCGACACCGUGGUCAUCGUCCUGGCCCGUGAUGGCUUCACCUCAGGGAGGCAUUACUGGGAGGUCCAGGUGGGGGACAAAGACGACUGGUACAUGGGUGUAGCAAGGUCCUCUGUCAACAGGAAGGGCAGGAUCUCUGUCAGCACCACACAGGGCUACUGGGCUCUGGCCAUGAAGAAAGGCCAGGGCUACCGGGUGUCCACGUCCCCGCCCAUCCUGCUCACCCUGGACCCCAAACCAAAGCGAGUGGGCGUGUAUGUGGACUACGAGGAGGGGCAAGUGUCCUUCUAUGACGUGAGGGCACGGACUCAUAUUUACACAAUUAAAGAUACGUUCAGGGAGAAGAUCCUUCCCUUUUUCUACCUGUACUGCUGCGACAAAGCCUCAGAUACCAUGAUGAUUUGUCCUGUGAAUGAGAAAAGCCUGAUCAAGCAAAGCUAAGACGAGUUUGAAAGAAAAGACAAUAUCAAGAAAGCCUUUGCAAAAAAAGCUACAUUUGCUUAGCUACUUUAUAGAAAAAGCCAACAUGCUAGUUAGCUUAGCAUAAAGACGAGAAGCAGAAGGCUAAUAGCUAGCCUAGCUCUGUCCAUAAGCAACAAAAUCUGCCUAGCAACACCCCUUCAAUUUACUUUUUAACACAUUACUUUCAAGAAUAAUAAACAAAUAAAUUAAACAUUUUGUUCAGAUUUGACAAGAAUGGUGUUGCUGUUUAAGUUGUGCACAAGGAGUUUUCAUUGGGAGAUUAGCGUGACAGUAGCUGCUAAACUUAGCUUUGGGUUUUUUGCUUUUUACCUCACAGAUGUAAAACAAAAAAAUUGACAUUUUCAUAUAAUUCACUGCAGAACCAAAAAGCAUUUCUUCUGAUGCAUGAUGUGUAAAACAGUCUCACGUUUUAGACUUCUGAUCUGUGAUUUCCUGAUGCAUGUAUCUUUUGAACAAUGUGAUUGAUGCUGUAAAUGUGAAUGGAAAAUAACAGUGUGUUUA